UUAGUGGAGGUGUUGUGUUGUAGCUCCGUCAGUUGUGUAGUGGAGGUGUAGUGUUGCAGCUCCGUCAGUUGUAUGAGGAGCACCUGAGGUCCUACACAGGCCAUCACUCGACUUAUCAUACUGGUGUUUAUGGUCACAGUACAGACACCCGGCUCUCCGCCUUCGUGUACACACACACACACUUCCUGCUGCCGUGGCGUCUUCAAUAACUGGCUAACUUACUGACUCAUCCUGAUCUCAAGAGUUAAGAGGUUUGAGGCCAUAACAACCUUGGUCAUUACCAGGAGGACAAAUAGCCUGGUUUCAUCUUUGCAAGAGCACAACUAAGCCUCCCUCAAGCAGUGUCCCCUGCAGCAGCUCUAUACACCAGGGCGCCUAUACUGUACUGUACUACUUCAGGAGCUUCUCGUGAAGGAGUACUUCCCCAGAGGUUCCUUCCUUGACUACCUCUUCCGCGGCGUACAACAGGUCACCACAACGUCCUUAGUUGAGGAGUUAUGGCGUCCUUGUCUAGUUGAGAUAACUUCUGGGACUCAACCUCACAAUCCCAUGAUAGAGGCACGUCCUUCUGCACGUACUCUUCCUUUCCACUCGCCUCGUCACCGCAGCUCUAUGGGAACUCUUCUCUUGAGUGUUUCUCACCAUCGUUCUCAGUCAAUCAUGUGGGCACUUUUCUCUGUUUGUUCCCACCUUUACUCUCCCUCUCCAGCACUAGUCCUCUCCACAUGUGAUAUCUCUUGUUGGUGGCUCUCAAAAGUUGUUCCACACUGCAAGCGAGGACAACUACCCUCUCUUGAGUUGAUACAGAAGUUAUUGUGAUCUGUUUACUUAGUGACGAUGAAUAAAGAGGAGUCAUCGCUUGGUUAUCAUCUUGCUCACUUUACAGUCAUUUAGAUCAUAAUUCCCAGAUGCCGCCUCUUCCUUAUCUUAACCAAGUGUACCUGGGGAACUGUGGGCCUUGAGUACCUAAUUGGUGUUCCAGCACGGUAUGAUACCUUACGCUUUUCUCUUGCUUCUGACUAUGAUGUCUCCCGUCAGCUCUACUAGACUGCACGCUGUCUGCCACUAACUAUAAAAGGUUAAAUAAGUAGUCACUUCUAACUUGGUGAAGUAGUUGUAGCGCUGUAACCCCUGCAGGUAUAGUCGUAGUGCACUUACAGACACAUGCAUGCUAACGAAAUACCAUCACAUCGGCUGCUGAUGCCGUCUCAUCGUCUUUCCAGCUCUCUACGUGACGCUUCAAACCCUCGUAAUAUCAUUCAAGCUUCUGCCAAUACUGCUUCCAGCUUGGAUAGCUCCCAGGCCUUUAACUCAGUAGCCAGCCAGUCCUCUGUUAGUCGGUCGAAAAGUAUUACCAGCAGCCAGUUUGGGUCGUCGCGUCGUAACCCGCCAUCAGAGAACUCUCCUCUACAUAACUUCCGCCCCUUCGCUAAUGAUGAGUCGGGCUUCGAGUAUUCUGCUCCUGGACAAAGGGUUCAGAUUUCUUUCGGUCCUCGCUCACGGAAGAACAGACUCAGAUCCUUCAGCUUUGCCAAAGGCAACUCUGACAACAGUGCCACUGACAACAGUGCCACUGACAAGCCCCGGCCAGCACGAGGGACAGGCAGGGCCUUGCUGGGAGGUGGUCUUGGUAACUCCCUCGACCCUAAAAGUAGGUCUCGGGCGCCAUUGCUCAACACCAAGUCUACGACAUCAGAUGAAACACCUUCAAGGUUCAGUAUCACGAAUCCUGUAAAGUCUACUACCGAGGAGGCCGCCAUAACCACUGCCACGCCACCGACUACCACUACCACACCACCCACUACCACCACGACCACAACCACCACUAUCACCAUCACCACUACUCCAUCGAUUGAGACCUCUACAACAAUCUUUGACUCAGGCACCACAGACACCACCACCACCACCAGCUCUCGAGAUCUACCACGCAGACGUUUCCGGCCUAUUCCACGUCGACGAAUUAUUUCGUCUUCGUCUUCUUCCUCCAAAGACGGCCGCCGGCACUCUGGGCUCUUUUCUGUCAGGCACCGUGGCACUCCCAGGCACCGCCCCAGCGUCUCCGUAAUACUUGACCAAGACAAAAAUAACGAGAAUGAUUUUAUAAAAGAAAAAGAUGAUGAAAAACACGAGUUGAGAGGUGAGGGGUUAAAGGAGGAGGUCGUCCCUCUCAUCCAGGAAGAGAAGGUAGAGAAGGGGCAGACCCCGCUGGAGGCCCACAAUAACACAGUCGGCAGUGUGGAUGGUAGAGGUUCGGGCAAGUCCAUCUCCGACGGCCAGCCUCAGAGGAACAACUUGGGCUUUGUGUUCCCCCAAAGACGUGACUCAAUCCUGCCCUUCGGCACUCGCCUUGCUCACAGAAGACCCAAUUCCCCCCUUACUAACUCCUUCACUGGUCCCCUCCCACUAACCUCUGGCCCUAACCUCCCCCCGACGCUGUCCCUGAUGACCCUCACUAACUCCCAGGACCUGACCACCUCUCCCACGACCCUCGCUGAGACUCCUUCACCAGUCGUCGUCUUCAGCACCCAGACUCCGGCGUUUAACACGCCCCCACCUCAGGCAUCAUUCAAAGCACCAAAUACUCUGAACUUUUUCAACGCGCCCACAACUACGCCCCCACCCGUCGUGUUCUUCAGCACACAACCUCCAGUAUUCAAUGUACCUUCAGCUGGGAACACUUUCAGAGCGCCCUCACCUCAGGUUCCUUCACAAGAAUCCACGUCGUUCAACCCCUCCCCACCUCUGUCUCCCUUUAACAUGAUCCCCGUUAUACUUCCUGUCAAUAUGGUCCCCGUCGUAGCUCCCCUCAACCUGCCCUUUGUGGUGGCUCCCGUCAACCCUCAGCCCACAAUAGAUCCCAACAACCCCCCCACCCCACCCAGCGAGUCUCUCAAGCCUCCUCUUAACUUCCCCUCCCACCAGUCCACAGUAGCACCCCGCCUUCAACGACUCUUCCCCAGUCGUCAGCUGGCCAACAGCUUCACCCUCCAACAGAACAGUCAAUCGUCGUCAUCACAGUCGUGGCGGGGACAGUCAAGUAGCACCAGCACGUCCCAACUCCCUGGUGGUGUGGGGACCCUGCAGCAGCUACGUCAGGCACAAAGUAGCAACACAAAAGAAAAGUCUACCUCCUCCUCCUCUUCGUUCUCAACUAACAGCCUCGCCCAGCCGCUGGAUAAUGAAACUCCCGCCACAUUGACGGGUCAGGAGGUCAUGACUCAGCCCUCUCUGACCCCCUUCAAUCCCCCGGCUUUAAGAAACUCCUUCGUGGGGAUAACCUCAAGAAAACCUUCCUCUACCAAGUCCCCCUUGACGACCCCGGGGCCCUCUAGGGACAGAGGGAGGCAGUUAUUGUCUCCAAGGCGUCGUCCGACACUUCGUCGCCCCUUGACGCCCAUCACGCGACCCAGAUCACAGGUUGUGCAGACGCCCGUGUCCGACGAGUACAUCAAGGCCUUCCCUGAAGUUGCGGCGCCUGAGGGCUUCCCCGGCGAGGACCCCGAGGAAGACACCAUAAAGGAAGCCAUCUUCGAGCUCCAGCGGCUCAACUAACAUGAGCCACACAGGGAUCCUCUCUCACUCUGUACAUAGCCCCUAUUUAUCCCCUUCACUAUACUAUAAGUUUGUUAAGUGGUGUGUUUACAAAGACUGCCAGUCCCGUGACUCACAACAAGUUUAGUCUUGUGGGAAUCCUUCGCUCAACAACACAACCUCUAUUUAUUAUUUUAGAACUCAUGUAUUUAUAGUCCUUGUUGGUUAUAUCAUACAUAAUGAAACCUAAAUCAAAAUAUUUCAGUACUGUUCAGACACCAUUUUGUUGGCGACACUGAGGCUGUCGAGAGACUGAUAGUAAUUCUUGUUCUAAGUCAGAAUCAUAGUAGAUUUAUUACUGUAUGAGCCGCUGUUUGAACGAUAAGUUUUGUGAUAGUCUCAACCUUGUGUGUCCCCAACCUUAAAUUACCAUAAUGCAUUUGGCUGCCUCUACUCUGCAACAUGGUGGAGGAGGCAGGCAGGCACACCUCACCUUUGUCUCAUGAACUAGAUGUUAACAGUUGUACUGCAGGCCAGUCCAACUUUACAGUUGUCUGUGUAAGACAUUUUUUGUAAAUAAAGUACAAAAUAUA